ACCCACUAAUCUAUAGUAGAUAAUACGCGCAGUUUUCCUUACGUCAUCAAAAUAAAUAGAAGGAAACUUAACCUAGCCGUCAUGUUGCGACUGUUGCGAGCGUGUGUACCACAGUCUGUAGUGUCUGCACAGUACGGCAUAAGAAUUAUAAGAACAAUGACUACCUUGCGUUUGGCGUUGGUGCAACUAUCCGUCGGCGAUGACAAGACAACAAACGUCUCGCGAGCAGUUUCUUUCAUCGAGCGCGCGAAACAAGAGCGAGCUGACAUCGUGACAUUGCCCGAAUGUUUCAACUCGCCAUAUGGAACGUCUCAUUUUGCUCAAUAUGCCGAGAGCAUUCCGGACGGUGAGACGAGCGCGGCGUUGUCCGAGGCGGCGAGAAAGAACAAUGUCUAUGUAAUUGGUGGUACGAUACCGGAAAGAGACAACAACAAGUUAUACAACACCUGCACCGUAUGGGGACCGGAUGGAAAACUUGUAGCCACGCAUAGAAAGAUGCAUUUGUUUGACAUUGACAUUAAAGGAAAAAUCACUUUCCGCGAGAGUGAUUCCCUGUCCGCCGGCAAUUCUCUUACCAUCUUUGAAGCAAAAAGUUGUAAAAUCGGCAUUGGUAUUUGCUAUGAUAUUAGGUUCGAAGAAAUGGCACGAUUGUAUAGAAAUAAAGGUUGUCAAAUGUUGAUAUAUCCAGCGGCAUUCAACAUGACUACUGGCCCGCUGCAUUGGUCACUGCUACAGCGUGCCAGAGCAAACGACAAUCAGUUAUAUAUAGCCUGUGUUUCGCCGGCACGUGGCUUGCCACCUGGAUACGUUGCUUGGGGGCAUACUCAGUUAACUAAUCCUUGGGGAGAAAUACUUGACGAACUGGAUGCCGUCGAGGAUAUGAUAAUCUCCGAUAUAGAUUUGAAAGUCGUGGAGGAAGUUAGAGCGCAAAUUCCGACGUUUAAUCAACGUCGUACAGACCUGUAUGACACUGUAUGGAAGAAGGGAGAUUAGGAAAACAUUACGAUGGUGAUAAUACUUAUAUGUCAUUUAAGCAGUUUCGCAUGUGUUUCAUCAUGAGCGAAUUUUUAAUCCUAUAUGAUGAUGAACUUUAUGGGUAAGGGCACUAAAUUUUACUCAAAUACUCUAUAGAUAAAUAUCUACACGUGUUGUAAAGACACGUGAUGGCAUGUGAUACAAUAUUGUUUAUAGAUAUAAUUGCCGGUACAAAAAUCUAUGAAUAAACUUCAUAUUUUUUUAUAUA